CGCCUUUCACCUUUCGCCUUUCUCCUGCUCCAGUCGCCGUUGACUUUGCGCUUUUAUGCUUCGGAGCUCCCGGAGCCGGAGACUUCAGCCAGUUUCAUUUGUGAGUUUCAUUCGUGCAGUUUCGCCGAAAAUAUUAAUCCCCAUCAGCCAAAGAACUACACUCAGGUGAAGUGAAGCAUAAGUUCAGGCGCCGCUGCCAUGAACGCUCGCAUGCAAGCGAUAACCGCAUCGGUGCGCACCACCAACCGCAUGAAUGCCCUGCUCUCGGAGUCGAUGUUGAGCAGGCGGCGGGCCGCCCAAAAUCCGGAGGGCGAGCCGACCGCCGGCGAGGGCGGGGAGCCGAUCAAGGAGAAGCCCAAGAACGACUGGAAGUUCUUUCACACCAACUUCAAUAUGGAACGUGCCCUGAAGAUCAUCGAAGAUUGCAUCGAGGAGCGGCUGCUGUGGGAUCGCUUCAGCCGCAAUUACGACUCUUGGCGGGCUCUACAGCUGGUCGAAGGUCUGGCGGCCGAGAUACGCGACCGGGUCAAGAAGCUGAACCACAGGCGCCACCGCAUCGUCUGCCUGCUGUCGAUCGUGGAGAAGCAGAACCAGGGCGUCCACCAGCGCAUGUGCCACCUGAUGGACGAGAAGCGAGACAACUUCACCCAGUUGGUCUUCGAGCGGCCCACGUACUUCAUGAUCGUGGUGCUUUAUCUGGUCUACAAGGAUUAGGUGCGAAAUGGUUGGUAGCCGCACCUUCUGGUGCUUGUUAAUUACUGUGUUAGGAUUAGUUAAGUGUUGACGCAUUAGGUUAUGGAAAAAUAAA